AUGCAUAAAGAGUGGGCUGCUUUUAAGGCAUCCAAGAAGAAGGCUGCGGAGGAUGAGGCCCGAGCUGCCCAGUUGAGGGCUAAACUUGAAGCUGAUCAGGCCAAGUUUGAGAAUGAUCGGAAAACUGAAGAGUGGUCAGUUGCGGGUUGGAAGAGAAAGGCGGAAGCCGAAGCUGCCCUUCUUUCUGAGGAGCGCAAGAAUUGGAAAAAGAUCUGCGAGAAGGAUAAUGCUAAGAAGAUGGGUCUCCGCAUUGUUAUCAAUAAUCUCAAGGCUGAGGUUGAAAAGUUAAAAAAACAAGAUGCGGAGAUCGAGAAAUUGAAGAAAGAAAAAACUGAUGCUGAAGCUGCGCGGGAUGAAGCGCGUUCUCACAGGGAAAGGAGUGAACAACGAGAGGUACAUACCUGCGCUACUCAUGCCCUUAGAGAUAAGGAGAUAGAAGAAUUUAUUGCUUUACUGUCUGAGCAGGAACAACUAAAGGCAGAAGUUGAGUCCAUCAAGAAAAACCUAGAGCUUGAGUGGGCUAAAAAGGCAGAAACCUCCCGCCGUCUUUCCGAAACCGAAGAAAAGUUGGAAAAUUCCGAAACUGCGUGA